AUGUGCUUUGGUACCACCUGUCCUACUUGCUCCAAGCAGGCUUGGCGUGGCUGCGGCAGCCACGUCCCCUCCGUCUUUGCCAACGUUCCCGAAGAGGAGUGGUGCACCUGCGAGCCCAAGGUGGAGGUCAACGGCCGGUCUUAUCCGCCGCAGGCCAAGAUGCAGCUGGGGAUGCCGUCGUGGCUGAAGGGAUGGACUGGCGGAAACAAACAGUAG